UGUGUGUGUGCGCGUGUGUGUGUGUUGUACAGCAUGUUCUCUGUUGUGUUUCUUGACGUUCAUCUUGGCGAAUGAGGAGCUGCCUGCAGAUUCUGAUCUGGUUGACGUCAGCAUGGACUCCCAUCUGGUUCCCACGUCAACAGAAACACACACUCCUCCUCCAGAGGUUGUGACCGAGACAGCGAUAAAAGCCAUCGACUCAGACGAGGAAAACUUUGCAGCCUUAGCUGGAGGGGCCAUUGCUGCAGUGCUGCUGGUCCUGACCUGUGUGAUAGCCAUGUUACUGUGGUGCCUGUCCAGACACAAAGGCUCCUAUGUCACGAAUGAGAUGGACGAGGACGAGGACGACAACGAGGAUGACGAGUCUGUCGGUUCUGAUAUAGAGCUCCAAACCAAGGAACCUCUGAACAUCAAAGAGGAAGAGUGAUGUAAAAAAUAUUAAUAAAUAAGAACGAAUGUCAAAUACGGACUUGAGAUGCGCAGUCGGGGACAAAAGAGCUUUGUGGCUUUGUAACAGUGACAAGAUGUGAAACAGAAUUUUUUUCAGAGUUGUUAUUUUCUAAAAGGAGCCAGUUUCUUAACGCUGCACUAAGCAACUUUGUACUUUGGCGUCACUAAACGGCAGCGACACUAACUGUGAGUUACAGAGAUCAGUCUCCCUGUAAUGUGUCGGCCCAAUUUAUGAAUUUAAAUGUUGUAAAUGGCUGUUGCAUCAAUUUACACAGUUUUCCAAUGUGAUUCCAAUGUGACUGAAUCACAUGUUAAAAACUCCUCCUGCCGACACAGAUGCUGCUGGUUUCUGAAGCUUUCACAGCUCCUGUAACUCCUCCACCAGACAAAUUAGAUUUUUACAGCAAAAUAAAUUUCCUUUACUUUUUAAAAGAAGCUGUGAGGCCAAACUAAUGAACUUGCCAGAUGCUGAUAAAUAUUUACCGGCACGGUCAUUUCCCACCCAGGCCGCUGUCACAUUUUAAGCUCAAAGACCAACUAACUGCAGUUAGACAGAUAGGGAAUCGUUUUCUCACUUUUUUUUUGCAUAAAUAGAAAGACAAGGUGAUAAAACACAAGGUGAAAAGGGUCCAAGCCUUUAAA